AUGUUCAUCCAAAAUCAACAUAUUGGAGAUCGUACAAGAUUAGAAGACUGGAGAAUCACAGGUUAUGAUCCAUUAACUCCACCAGAUUUAUUACAACAUGAAUUCCCAUUAGAUGAAGUUAACAAAAAGGUUAUUUUGGAAGGUCGUGAUGAUGCUAUCAAGAUUUUAAAUGGACAAGAUGAUCGUUUAAUCAUUGUUGUGGGACCAUGUUCAAUUCAUGAUCCAAAAGCUGCCUUGGAAUAUCAAGCAAAAUUGAAAAAAAUCGUGGAUCAAGUUAAAGGUGAAUUAUUAAUCAUCAUGAGAGCAUAUUUAGAAAAACCAAGAACUACAGUUGGUUGGAAAGGGUUAAUUAAUGAUCCAGAUAUUGAUAAUUCAUUUCAAAUUAAUAAAGGUUUAAGAAUUGCAAGAGAAUUAUUUGUUAAUUUGACUAAAACAUUACCAAUCGCUGGUGAAAUGUUGGAUACUAUUUCUCCUCAAUUCUUGUCAGAUUUAUUCUCCUUAGGUGCCAUUGGUGCAAGAACUACUGAAUCUCAACUACAUAGAGAAUUAGCAUCAGGUUUAUCAUUCCCAGUGGGGUUUAAAAAUGGUACUGAUGGUUCGUUAACCGUUGCUAUUGAUGCAAUGAGAUCUGCUGCACAUAGUCAUCAUUUCCUUUCAGUGACCAAGCCUGGUAUUGUGGCAAUUGUUGGUACUGAAGGUAAUCAAGAUACUUUUGUUAUAUUAAGAGGUGGUAAAUCAGGUACAAAUUUUGAUGAAGAAAGUGUUAAAAAAGCUCAAAGUGAUUUAAUUGCUCAAGGUAUUACAUCAAAACCAAGAAUAAUGGUUGAUUGUUCUCAUGGUAAUUCAAAUAAAGAUCAUAGAAAUCAACCAAAAGUUGCACAUGAAGUUGCUGAACAAGUUAAAAAAGGUUCUGAAUCUAUUUGUGGAUUAAUGAUUGAAAGUAAUUUGGUUGAAGGUAGACAAGAUGUUCCAGCUAGUGGUAAGCAAGAUUUGAUUUAUGGGUGUAGUAUUACUGAUGCUUGUAUUGAUGUUGAUAGUACAGAAGCUGUUUUGAAAGAAUUGGCAGAAGCUGUCAAGGCAAGAAGAGCAUUGAAGAAGUAA